CAGGCACCAGAAGGAGAGAAGAAGAGGGCGACAGAAAGUAUUUAAAUAAAUAGAUUGUUGUUGAAGUAUUACAAUACAACAUAAACAGCCAAAGCGGGGAACAAUUGCUACACACUUUUGUUUAAUUUUUUUAUAGCUAGCGAGAUACAGUUGCUUCCACGAAAUGUGUUUGACUGCUAAGCUAGCCGACUGGCUAAACUAACUAGCUAGCAAGUUAGCUCGGCUCCGGCCUAAAAUAGCUAACGUUAGCUCCAUUUUCAGAUUUCAAGAGAACCCCAAUUCAAGUGUACAUUACCACGUAUGCAGAUGUUCAUCUAACGAAGAGAUGAGCGCUCUACAGUGUGUAUGACCAGCUGUCUCCAUCCUGAUGGGAGGACUCUGUGGAUAGCAGCACCGUCUUCAGGACUCCAGGAGGAGAGUAGCCGCCCCUGCCAAGGAGGGCCGUUCAGAAUGAAGAAAAUCAGCCUUAAGACCAUCCGCAAGUCCCUUAACAUCAAGGUCAAGGAGGAAGGAGGGGGGGACUUUGUCAUGCUCCAGCAGCCCUCGCUAGUGGCCGACUUCUCCAAGGAGGACUCGCUCUUCGGGGGCUGCUACACUAAAGAUCUUGCGGGCUGCAACCUGGGAAUUGGUGAUGUGGGAGAGGAGAAGGCGGGACACAACAAGGGCCGGUCUAAGAGCGAGAGCCUGAUGGGUUCUCUGAAGAGGAGGCUGUCGGCCAAGCAGAAGGCCAAGGUCAAAGGUGGCUCAUUAGCCAUGGGGUCGGCUGACGAUGAUGACACCUUCUCCUCCUCCUCGGUCCCAAUCAGCUUCAACGAGGUCAAGGCCCAGCGUCCGUUACGAUCAGCGUCACUCCGUAGCCACCAUUACAGCCCGUCUCCCUGGCCCCUGCGGCCUGUCGCUUCAGAUGAGGCCUGCAUCAAAAUGGAGGUGAAGGUUAAAGCCAUGGUCCAUUCCCCCAGCCCAAACCUGAAUGGCAUGCGGAAGGAGUUCCACCACCAUGACUUUCAGAUGGAGAACAUCUUCCAGGAGCAGGCCGAGUCCCUGAAGAACCUCCAGCAGCCGCAGAACGGAGACCCGAACAAUGACAAACACGUGCCUGUAGUCCUGGGCCUCACGCCGCAGGACUACAUCCAGUACACCAUGCCUUUAGAUGAGGGAAUGUACCCAGAGGGGUCCCACUCUGUCUCCCACUCCUUCUGCCUGGACAGGUCCUCGCCCAUGGAGGUGGUGACGGAGGCGGAUAGUAGCUCCCUCCACGCCAACCACCAGAGUCAGGAGGACCAGGAUCUGGUGAGUCUGAACCGGAACCUUCCAGCGGACCUCUUCAUGGAGUCACAGUCGGUGAACGGCCUCUUCAUCGGCUCUAACGGUGUGAUGUUCCAUAGCUGCAGGGACAGGGUCAACGCUCAACAACACCCCGCUCCUCCCCAGCGCUCCCCUCUCCUGCCCGCGCUACCCAGCAACAACAUCCCCAGGACUUACUCCAGGUUCGGCGGGGCAGACGGCCACGUGGCGGCCCGGAUGAGGCAACACCUGAACUUUGACCUCGACUCUGCUCCGGGGGUGAGUCGGCUGUAUGACUCAGUCCGGAGCAGUGGACCAAUGGUGGUAACCAGCCUGACUGAGGAGCUGAAGAAGCUAGCCAGGCAGGGUUGGUACUGGGGGCCCAUCACACGCUGGGAGGCCGAGGAGAAGCUGGUCAACCUGCCUGACGGCUCGUUCCUGGUCAGGGACAGCUCGGACGACAGGUACCUCCUCAGCCUGAGUUUCCGCUCCCAGACCAAGACCCUCCACACCCGCAUCGAACACUCCAACGGACGCUUCAGCUUCUAUGAGCAGCCUGAUGUGGAGGGACACACGUCCAUGGUAGACCUGAUAGAAUACUCCAUAAAAGAUUCGGAGAAUGGAGCCUUCUGUUAUUCUAGAUCUCGCUUACCAGGGUCCGCCACCUACCCCGUCAGGCUGACCAAUCCCGUGUCUCGGUUUAUGCACGUGCGCUCCCUGCAGUACCUGUGUCGGUUUGUGAUCAGACAGUAUACCAGGAUUGACCUAAUUCAGAACCUGCCUUUGCCCAACAAGAUGAAAGACUACCUGCAGGAGAAGCACUACUGACUCUGUUGACACAGACGUGACAUGGGACAGACAACGUUAGCAACUUGCACUUUUGGGUUCAGUUUAAGAGAUUCAACAAAGGUUUACAGACAUCCGUAGUUUGGAGACGAUCGAUUGGGUUCCAUUGGCUCUUUGUUUGUGUCCAGGGAUGUCUGAAAUGGAACCCUAUGCUGUAUGUAGUGCACUACUUUUGCCCAGAGCACUAGCUUAAAGUAGUGCACUGUAUAGGGUGUCAUUUUAGUUACCCCUUGGUUAUUUUUGUUAGUGUCCAGUCCUCCAUUUCUCAGUUAAAGGGUUGUCAUUGUCGCCAAGCCUCCAGAGAGACGUAUCAUAGCAUCUCCAUUUCUCAGUUAUGGUUAGCUAAGUCAUUGCGGCCACGCCUCCAGAGUGACAUAUCAUAGAAUCUGUCAGGAAGUAUGCAGCGUGACUUUAUACAGCUAACAACAUUUAUCAGCAGUGAGAUCUAAAGAUCAAUAUUUCUCUCCCCAGUUGCUGUAGUAAACUGUAAACGCUAGAAUGGCAAGUUCAGCCUUCUGAUUAAUGUCAAUAUUUUGCCUUCUGACUGAAAUUUACAGAUUUAAAAUAUACAUUUAAUUCACUGCAGCCUUUUAAGAUGUCAAACCCAAGCCAGAUUUGAAGUGAAACUGUAAUGAAAUGCAUAUCCAGUCAGAUUUUUUUUAAUGCUUCAUUUGGCAAUUUAUUUUGAAAGAUCUCCAACAACUCUAAACGCAGUGGGGCAUAUCUUUUGACAAACUAUUAUUAUUUUUUUUUUGCAUAAACAAUUUUAUCCUCUUAAUUUCUGAGUUCUUAAACAGGGUUAAUUCAACCUUAUUUGUCAUCCGUCAAGUUGGUUAAUGACAACUGCUAAUAAGAAGUGUAAGCUGUAUGUGGGUGCAUGUAGACAACUUUCUCUCUCCCACUAUAAUGGUACUAUUAGGAAAGAUACAGGAUGUUUUCUAUGUCGCCAUGCACUUCAACUUAAUAAGCAUGCAUCAAUAUCAUCGCUUUUUAAAGGCAAAUAUCAGUAAGUAAUUAACCUGAAGAUAAGCAUUUAACUGCUUCUGUAUUAGGAGUGUCAGAAAAAGCUGCCCUAGGACCAAUUUAAGUGCCAUGUACAGUAUGCUUAGCUCUGUGUGCAUGAAGGGUGUUUGAACGGUCAGACGCUGUAGAGACCUAGGCCUACUCAGUAUACAGGACGGGAGUAUCGACUGUAAAAAGGGAAAGUCACAUUUUCAUUUCUACAGCAACAUUUAUCACUGAACACAUUUUAAGGAAACCUUGUGAAAAGGAAUCUCAAAAAUGGGGCGGCUUAGGUCGAGGCAUUUGGGGGGGGAAAAGCCUGAAUAGAUGAAUAUUGGUGCCCCUUCCUCAUAUUUGGGAGGUCGCAGGGAGAGUGGGAGGGGAGAUGUACGUGACAGAAUUCCCUCCCAGUGCAGUAAUGUCCUGCUCCAUGGAGAAUGAGAUUGAGGCUUUUGUGCGAAGUUUGCCCAAUGACUUGCAUGAGUGAUGUCACGCUGUCAUACUCUCGACUUCAUGGCAGUUUUCCAGUUUGACAUUUUAAAAUGGAUCCACUGUCAUGCUUAUUGUCAAUGUUAACCUACAUAUUCACAGUCUGCCUGGGCUGUUUGUAUCAGAACAAAAGGGAGAAAAGAAUACAUGCUAUGCAAGUGCUUUUUAAACAAAUACUUUGACGAGGAAUCAUAGUUUUACGUAUGUUAAAAGGAUCUCCGACUACUUUGGUAGGCUGGUAGAUAUGUAUAGUCUAGACCUAGGUAGUAAAGAUCUGUUGGUAUCUAAGGUAGUUACCAUGACACCCGGAUAGCAGAGGGUAGAUAAGAUCAGACGUUGUCGCCAUGUUUCAAAAGUGUUGCAUAAAGAUUUGUUGGCAUUUUUAUUGCUUUGAAAUGUAUAGGAAUGAAGGAUGUAGGUAAUGUUGUCCGUCUGGUGUAGAAGGAUUGUUCUACUCAGUUAUAUCACCAUCACCAGCUGGGUGUUUUGUGUGCAAGGAGUUUUGAAUAUUCGUUUUAUUUCCUGUGACUUGUGACAUUGAACUCUGUCAUUUUGGGGACUAGUAAGGUGUUUGUUACAUGGAACAGUUUGUUCCAGGUUACACCAGGGAAAUGGCUGUGUGUGAGAGGAUAUACCAAGGCAAUGGCUGUAUGCAUGUUUUAGCAAGGUAAAAUAUUUUGCAUCAUGUAAGACAAAAAUCUCCACUUGCUUGAAGAUAAAGCCACAUUUUUGGGCACGGUUCUUCACCGUACUGUUCACUGGUAAAUCUCCAUUGUUUCCCCUUACUAAUAUUGUCCCUGGAAUGACAGCAUUAAAAAAUGUCACAACAUACAGUCCAACGUAUGAUUUCUCCAGAGCACACACAGGUGGGGUACCUGUUAAUGAAAUGAACUGAAUUUUGUUAUGUCUAUGGGAUACAAAGGGUACGACAGCAGUGUCAUAUCUAAAACUGUUGCUAGGUUAUCAAGGAACAACGAUGACUAGAAUGUGGAACAUUGAAUUGAAGAAAACAAAUGUGAAAUGAAAAUGUUUAAUUGUUUGACGAAUGUACGCUUAGUUUUAUUAUUUUAUUUUAUUCAGGGUCCGCACAGUGCUUGAGGUGCUUAAAGUAAUUGAAUUUGGCACUCUGAAAUUCAAGUACUGGAAUACUUUGAAAAUCAGACAAUUUCUCCAGUUGGUACAUGAAAAGUACUUGAUCAAAUAUGUUUAAGAAAAAUAUUAGAUUUUUUUUUAUUGGUCUUGCAUAUUCAUUUCCAGGCAGACUACAGUGUUAUUUCCUCACGUUUGGCGCUCUGGUUGCAAGGCGACCACACCAGCCACUCAGCCAGGCUGGUGCCGAACUGACUGAUUUUGCGCUGCCAAACGUCACAUCGAUAGCUAAAACGCUGGGCAAAUGAAGAUUACAUCCUGUCUUUUGUGCGUAUGGAACAUUUCUGGGUUCUUUUAUUUCAGCUCAUGAAAUAUGGGACCAACACUUUACAUGUUGGGUUUUAUAUUUUUGAUCAGUGUAGUUUACCUACCUUUAGUCCAGUGUACAACUGCAUCACUGGACCCAAUCAACCCACGCCGUGUAAGGGGCAAAAAAAGCGUCAGACUUUGACACGGCGAGCAUGGGUGAAUCGGCCCUGAAGAGCUACAUGAAGGACGGAAGACAACGCUGCAUCCUGCACUGGCGCAAGUUCUACAUCGGGACUUUUUCUCUGCAACAACUUCCAGAGCUUUUUUUUUUUUUUACCAACCGCCUCAUUCACGCAUCGCCAGCGAAAUUACGCUUUAUUAAGCGACAGCCGUGCUCUUGCCGUUCUGGUGGCCAUUCAGCUGCCGUUUUCCCUCACACAGCCCACCCAACCUUCUCCCGACCCGCGACUCUAGAGCUGCCAUUCGGAAACGAGAUGCUUUUGCGUAGCUAUUAAGUAGUAGAUUCCCAAAUGCCCAAUUUUAAAAACACAAUAGUCCUAAAGCUGGAAUUGUGUAGUAAUGUGAAUAGGAAAUGUGUUCACCAUUAGGCAUUGCCCAAAACUCUACUCAUGACUACUCAUAUUACAUCAGUACUGACUUACCGUUCAUGUAUGUAAUAAAUAAGUAGAGAAAUAACGUAUUAUUGAGUAGAAUUUGUAAGGUAGUGAUGAAAUAGUAAGUUGGUUUUUUCCAUGAGGUUGUGGUGUUAUACUGCCAUCUGUUGGUGACUAGAAGCAAUUGCAUAAAAGGAACUAUUACAAAUUGAUUGCCCUUGAAAAUAUAUAUUAGUCCUUUAAAGUACUUAAAAGUCCUUGAUUUUGACUUACCACUGUCUGUACGAACCCUGAUUUAUUGUGUGGCAGAGCCAGACAAACAGGUCCCCAAUUGGCUAAACACUCACUGAGACUUUAUUAUGAGUGUUUCUCUGCUAUGAUACUUCAGUAGCCCGUGACUUGUUCAUUAUCACUCUGAGUCAUUGCCUUAUGUGUGAGUUUUAGAGGUUGAUGCUUGUUCAAACUGCUGAAUCAUUUUUGAAUUCAUAAGUUGUUUAGCAGUUGGCGAACAAGCUUCAGCCAUUUUAUAUUGUUUGUUUGUUGCGCAUCUCUGCAAAUGAAGGUGAUUGUUUACAAUGAUUUGGUAAAUACCAGUGUUUCUCCCCAUCUUGUUUAUCCUCGCUUCUAUCAUGGACAUCUUUGGUACAAUUUAAAAACCCUUAUUUUUUAUGUGUUCUACACAUUUGUGUUACUUCAUGAAUAUGAUAUUGCCUUUCUUGUAUUAAACUAUGGGGAAAGAGAAUGUCACCAUUUUGAAGUAUGUACACGCAAUGACUUAUCAUCUUGGGAGAACAAAGUAGAUUUGUGAACAGUUUCAGUCAGUGGAAAAAUCAUUAGUAGCUACUAGUAAGUCCUUAUUAGAAAAAAACAACUUCAGUUUACAUUUUGUCUUCUUGUUUUGAAAAAUAAACGAUUGUGAUUUAUUGCACAUUUUGGAUACAGUUGAAGUUUUUGUAUAAAUUAUAAAUAAAAACUAUAUUCCGA